AUGAAUAGAUUACAGCAUUUAAAAUCAAUAUCAAGCUAUGCUAUAACUUUUCCUGGUCAAGGUAUAGUUAAAAAUGGAUUAUUAGAACAAAACAAACAACAUUUACCAAUAUUUCAAAAAUAUUUAGAUGAAGUUGAUGAAGCAUUAAAUGAAAAUUUCUCCAAAAACUUAUUCUUUAAAGAUGAAGAACCUGGAUAUUUUAAAACUUGGUUUGGUAAAACUUCAUAUGCUCAACCUGCUAUAUUAGCGACUUCAUAUAUAUUGACUAAGACAUUUGAAGAGCUCUAUGAUUGUAAAUUAAUUGACAAUGCAAAGUAUUUACUAGGUCAUUCAUUAGGCGAAUAUACUGCUUUGACUUUAAGUGGUAUAUUAGAUUUUCAAACUGCUUUAAAUUUAGUUAGAUUGAGAGGUGAAUUGAUGCAAGAGAUGUGUAAAGAUAGAUCAGAUGCAUACGGAAUGAUUGCAUUAAUGAUUAGGCCAGAAUACGUGGAUGAUGUAAUAAAACUAGCUACAGAAGAUGAAGUAAUAGGUAAUAUUAAUGCUCCUACACAAAUUGUAAUAUCAGGAGAGCAAAUUAAGAUGGAAGAGUUUAUACUGAAAUUAAAGAAAAUCAAUAAUAAAUUACUAUUGAAAGAUAUUAAAUUACCAGUUACUGUGCCAUUCCAUAAUGAUAUAUUGAAAUAUAUUGUACCGGAAUUAAAAGAUUUUUUAUCAAAACAACCGAUUGGAGAACAGAAAGUACCAAUAAUAUCAAAUCUAGAUGGUGAAGUAUCCACAGAUGCAAAGGAAUCAAUCAAAAAAGUACUAGAAGCAAAUUACCAACCAGUUCAAUGGCUUAAAUCGAUAACAAAUCUACCAGUAAAUGAAAUUUAUAAUAUUGGACCUGGUCCAGUGCUAAAUACAUUAAAUAAGAAAAUUGAUAAAACUAAACAAAAUACAUUAAUCGAUGAUUUAAAUGAUUUUAAUAAUGAUGUUAUAAGUAAAUAG